UAGUAAAUCAUAACAAUCAAUUAAAAAACGUUUUUUAAUCAAUAAGAAUAACUAUGGCUAUGGAUCUUCGCGUUGGUAAUAAGUAUAGGAUUGGGAGGAAGAUCGGUUCAGGUUCCUUUGGUGAUAUUUAUCUUGGAACCAAUAUUAUUUCGGGUGAAGAAAUUGCUAUAAAGUUGGAGUCAUCUAAAGUAAAGCAUCCUCAAUUAGAAUACGAAGCACGAGUGUAUAAAGCACUUGCAGGUGGUGUUGGUAUACCAUUUGUUCGUUGGUUUGGAACAGAAUGUGAUUAUAAUGCAAUGGUUAUGGAUCUUCUUGGGCCUAGUCUAGAAGACUUAUUUAAUUUUUGCAAUAGAAAAUUUAGUCUUAAAACUGUUCUUCUUUUAGCUGAUCAACUUAUCUCUAGAAUUGAAUAUAUCCAUGCAAAAUCAUUUAUCCAUCGGGAUAUUAAACCAGACAAUUUUCUUAUGGGUAUAGGAAAACGAGGUAAUCAAGUAAAUGUUAUCGAUUUUGGACUAGCAAAAAAAUUUCGAGACCCAAAAACUCAUUUACAUAUUCCGUAUAAAGAGAAUAAAAAUCUUACUGGUACUGCAAGAUAUGCAAGUAUUAAUACACAUCUUGGUGUUGAACAAAGUCGUAGGGAUGAUUUAGAAUCACUCGGAUAUGUAAUGAUGUAUUUUUGUCGUGGGUCCCUUCCAUGGCAAGGAUUGAAAGCAGCAACGAAAAAACAAAAAUAUGAUCGUAUUAUGGAAAAAAAGAUGACUACACCUACCGAAGUUCUUACUAGAGGAUUCCCGAAUGAAUUUGCUAUUUAUUUGAAUUAUACAAGAUCAUUACGGUUUGAUGAUAAGCCAGAUUAUUCUUAUUUAAGAAAAUUAUUUCGUGAUCUUUUUGUUCGAGAAGGUUUUCAAUACGAUUAUGUGUUUGAUUGGACUAUUUUCAAAUAUAAUCAAGCUAAACAGGCUCAAGCUAUUUCUCAAGCUCAACAAGAAGAGGCUGCUAUACAUGUAUCAGAUGACCAAAAUACUAAUGCACAAAAAACAAGAAAUGUUAAUUCUGUAAAUCAAAUACCACCAUCUAAUGGUGUACAAUCAUCAGCAUUCCCACCUCGAACAAGCGGAAAUUCAGGGGCAGUAAAUACUUCUCGUCGAAAAAUUCAAUCUCAAAUGAAUGAAACGAAUGCAUCUAAUAUUCCUAUUGAUUCUACUAGAGUAACAAAUUUACCUAGAAGUGAUAGGAUGUAAGUCCUAUAAUUGCUUCGAUCUCAGGUUAAAAAUGGAUCUUCUGGAUAUCCAGUGGGUAAUUUACAUAAAAUUAAAAAAGGAGAGCAACAUGUUUUGACUAAUCAAACAGGAUGGUAUUAAUUUUUUAAAUAAAAAAUGAUAGGAUU